CUCUUCCUUUCUUUUGGUGGCCGUGAUUAAUGUACUCCUGCUUUAACUCUCCUAAACCAAAAUUGGACCUACACAGAGUCCAUUUUGCAUUCAUUUUUGCCUUCUUAACUGACUUUUUUCCCUUCCUAAUUCACCUCCCGCCUUAUUGAUUUCCCCGCCCUUCCCAGCACUAACUCCUCCAUUUUGUUUCGUCCCCCUCCCUCUCUUUCAUGUUAAGGACGUGGUGGUGGUCGGCGAGGAGAACUUCACCACGCCGUGCUACGUCCAGAUGGACGACGAGGCCUGCCACAUCCUGACGGAGACCCUGGCACCUACUGCCUGGUGGCCAGCCCCUCAGCGCCUCCACCACCAAGCGCCUCAAGCUGGCAAUCUUCGGCCCCGUCACCUGCUCCGCCAUGGAGUACCACAUCAGGGUGUACUGCUGGACGACACGCAGGACUCCCUCAAGGAGGUCCUGCAGAUGGAGAAGCAGAUGGGGGGGAAACUCCUUGACGAGCCAAAGACCCUGAACUUUAAAGACAGCACCCACAACCUGAGGCUGUCCAUCCACGAUAUCCCCCACACCAUGUGGAAGAGCAAGCUGCUGGCCAAGUACCAGGAGCUGUCCUUCCAGCAGGUGUGGGCGGGGUCCCACAGGAACCUCCACUGCAGCUUCGCCCUGGAGCGCUUCUCCCCCCGCCACCGCCUCCCUGGCCUGCAAGCUGUGUGUGCGUCAGGUGGAGGGGGAGGGCCAGAUCUUCCAGCUGGACACCACCCUCGCUGAGGACACACAGAACAUCGACACGUCCUUGCUGGACCCGGCCAGUAACAUCACCACGCUGGUGGGGCCCAACGCCUUCCGCAUCCCCGUGUCGGUGCGCCAGAAGCUGUGCGGCAGCCUGGACGCCCCCCCAGACCCGCGGCAACGACUGGAGGAUGCUGGCCCACAAGCUCAGCCUGGACCGGUAUUUAAACUACUUUGCCACCAAGUCCAGUCCUACGGGAGUGAUCUUGGACUUGUGGGAAGCCCAGCAUUUCCCCGACGGGAACCUCCACCGCCUGGCCCAGGUCCUCGAGGAGAUGGGACGCCAUGACAGCCUGUUCCCCAUGGCAACCGACCACUGACACCACCACUUGCACCACCACCACCUACAGCUCCUCCACCACGCAACUCCGAGAGAAUAUGGCAUUCAACAGGAUAUGACAGGGCAACAAGAUGACCCAAGAGAAAUGAUACGAUUUUUUGCCCCAAAUGUUGACAAUAUACAACACUACCCACACAUGCACACAUACAUACUUGUGCACACAAAGACAUAGACACACACACACACAAACACACACAAGAUGGAACACUCGAACACUGUAAGAACGCUAGCUUGGCUUAUUCAGCAGUGGCCCGGUGUAAGCAACUAAAAGGGUCUCAAAACUUGAAGUGUAAACAGAAAUGUCUGUCGCUCCUCUCUCUCUCUCUCUCUCUCUCUCUCUCUCUCUCUCUCUCUCUCUCUCUCUCUCUCUCUCUGUCUUUCACACUCUCUCUCUCCUACUCGAUUUUUCCAUCUCAGUCUUACUCUGUAGGCCGUUUUUUGUUCUUAAUGCUACCACUUCAUAUUUCGUGCUUCUAGUUUCCUUGGAAACAGCCGUGAGGGUGUUUGGAUUGACUUGGCCAUCUAGAUAUUUGGAUACUGGCAAACCACGUCGGACAACAACUCCAGCGGUGGAGAAUGCGAGCUGGAGUCGAUGAAUGGCAGGGAAAGCUUUCAUUAGCUUUGAUUAAAAGGGACACCGUUUAUUCCUCUCCUCCUCUGGUGAACUAUCGGCAGUGUCAGUGAUAAACACAUUCUGUGAUAACAUAGUAUUUAAUACCACAUUUAUUUAUGCGUGAAUAUAUUACUUUUUUCGUUGUAGUUUUUAUGUGUCCUUCGAAUCAAUGUUGGUGUUUUUUCUGCUGCCGUCGCAUUUGGGUUAUGAUGUAGCGGCCCCUGGUGGAUUCCUGAGGUACUGACACGUUUUUGUCAGUCAAACAAACACAAAGAGACUACAUGUACAUAAGUCGGGUGUUGAAGCUGUAAUCAUAUUACAGUACUAUGUUUUGAAUUAAGUGUCAAUGCUUUCAAUAGUUAUUUUAUUACUGUUGAUUUAUAACUAUGUUUGUUUUCCUUUUAUUUUAUGAAAGAUUUGAUCUAUUUUAUUUUUGGAUCAGACCAGUCCAUUGCCACAUGUAAACAGUGAGACAGACUCUACGUUGAACUAAAUUAAAUCAUGACUUAUUUGCUGUGAUUUCUGCCCCAUUUCUGGAUAUCAACCACACGAUAAAAAAAAACAAAGAGGAGAGGCAGAUAUGUAAGCAUAUAUACGAUUGAUUUGUCAAUAUUAUAAUAUUUUUUUAGCAACAAUGCAACUAAAAACAGAAGAUUGCCUUUUACCAAAUAACUGAUUUACACAAUAUGGGGUUUAAUUGAUACCUCGGUCAAGUCAUUUAUGUGUUUUUUUACGGCCAGAAAUGAAUGAUAUUUGGAGAGGGAAUGUAUAAUACUGUUAAUCAAAGACAUAGCUCGGAGACAGAGGGAAUAGGGCCGUACAGCUCAAUAAUUGUUUUGUAUUCAUGACUGUUUCUUGACCAUCUAUUUCGCAAAGCCGUCUAUGCAAAUGUUGGAUCCUUUCACAAAAAUCUUUCUCGUACAUUUUCAAGUGGUCGUCUUUCACAUCCCAUAGUUGUUUUUUUAAAGCUUUACAAUUUCUGUUAUAAAAAUUAUUAUUGCUUUGAUUAUUAUUAUUAUUAUUAUUAUUAUUAUUAUGUAUAGUGUGAUCAUUCUGUUACUGGCAAUUGCUUGCAUUUCAUCUGUCAAGUUAUUGUACAAAGUGUAAGAAAGAAUUUUUAAGACUAAUAAUAAAUUAUAUUUAUAUGCAACACUGAA